GUUAGCGUUAGUCUGCGAUUACCAAUGUCGCCAUCACGCUGUGCUGCAUUCGUCUAGUCAGUUGUGUUAGAGAAACGCGGUCGUGAAUUGAUUUAAUAUUUUUGUUAACUAUUUCGAAUAGCUAUAUAGAUGUUGAUAUGGAAAUAUAGGCAAUGAGUGAUCGUAAUAAAUCUACCUGUUAACAUUAAAUCACAAUAAAGAAAAUAAUCAUUUAAUAUCAUUGGUCUCAUAAACGAGUAUAUGUAUUGGUUUUGUGUUUUUCCGAGGUCACCGUCAAACUUUGACAGACGCUAAUAUGUCACGUCUAAACAUAAUAUUCUUUCUGCUGGGUAUCUGGACUCUCAUUAAUACAGUAUCUACUGCAGAAGAUGGUCAUUGCAUUUGGUAUGGAGAAUGUUACACAGAUAAGUUCAAUAUGCAUAAAAAAAAUUGUCCAUAUACUGGACCACCCAAAUUAUUGGAUAAUGAUGGACAAAAAUUAUUAGCUAAAAAUUGUCCUCAUUUAAUGAUUGAUUCUGGAAAUGGAAUUAAUACUUGUUGUGAUAAAAAUCAAUUACAAACAAUGGAUACAAAUAUUAAGCUGGCAUCUAAUUUUUUAUCCAGAUGCCCUAGUUGUUUGGAUAAUUUAGUAAAACAUUUUUGUGAAUUUACUUGUAGCACGCAACAAAGCAAAUUUAUUAAUGUUACUGAAAUACAGAAAGAAAAUGAAGUAGAAUAUAUCAAUGGAAUAAAUAUUUAUAUAACAGACAAAUAUAUUGAAGGUACAUUUAAUUCUUGUAGUAAAGUAUCAGUACCUAGUACUGGACAAUUAGCAAUGGAUUUAAUGUGUGGAAUAUGGGGAGCUAGUAGAUGUACUGCAUGGAAAUGGUUUCAUUAUAUGGGCGAUGCAGCAAAUAAUGGAUAUGUACCAUUUCAAAUUACAUAUAUAAAUACUGAUGAACCAAUAGAUUCAUUUAUUCCUGUAGAUCCUAAAGUCACACCUUGUAACAAGGCAUUAAAUAAAAAUACUCCAGCAUGCAGUUGUGUAGACUGCGAAGCCAGUUGUCCAGUGCCUCCACCAGUUCCUCCUUUACCAAGACCCUCUACUAUUUUUGGUUAUGAUAGUUAUGCUGUGAUAAUGCUCAUUACUUUUAUUUGUGGUUCAACUCUCUUCAUCUUGUCAAUAGUGUGCUUCAGUAAUAGGAAACAAAUUGUUGCACGAGGUGAGGAAGUAGGAAGGCAGGUGGGUAGACGCCUAGCCGCAGGGUUACAUCACCCAGGAGAUGGUGCGCGUAUUGCUCUCGCCGCUGACCAAGAAGACAGCCCACUUCAAUCUAAGCGUUCCAGUGUGAUAUCUGCAGAUGAUUUGCCGAGUGGUUUCGACGAUGAAGAACAAUCAACUUUUAUCGAAAGAUUAGGUGCAGGCACAGAUAAAUUAUUAGCGGAAUUUUUUUGUCGAUGGGGUACAGCUUGCGCGUCACGGCCAUGGUUUGUCCUUUUUCUUGGUUUUCUAUUUAUUAUUGGUUUGGGACAUGGAAUAAAAUAUAUACAUGUUACUACUGAUCCAGUUGAAUUAUGGGCUGCUCCACAAUCUCGGUCACGAGUUGAAAAAGAAUAUUUUGAUCAACAUUUUGAACCAUUUUAUAGAACUGAGCAAAUUAUUAUAACAUCAGUUGGUUUGCCAAAUAUUGUACAUAAUACAUCUAAUGGUCAAAUUACAUUUGGUCCAGUAUUUAACGCUACUUUCCUUAAAACUGUUUAUAAAUUACAAGAAGAAAUAAAACAAAUAAUAACUCCGAAUAAUUAUACUUUAGCAAACAUAUGUUUUGCUCCACUAACCAGUCCAUUCACUGGACCACCAACAGCAUCACAAUGCGUUAUUCAAAGCAUUUGGGGAUAUUGGCAAGAUAGUAUAGAAACUUUUGAUUUUUCUACCACAGAUGAUGAUAAUUUUACUGUAAAUUAUUUAGAUCAUUUCAUCGUUUGCUCACAAAAUGCAUAUAAUCCUGAAUGUCUUGCACCUUAUGGCGGUCCUAUAGAACCAGCAGUUGCAGUUGGUGGAUUUUUAUCACCAGGUCAAGAUCUUCAUAAUCCUUCAUAUGAAAAAGCCACAGCAGUAAUUUUAACCAUACUAGUGAAUAAUUAUCAUAAUAAAUCUAAAUUACAUCCGGCAAUGGAAUGGGAAAAAAGUUAUAUUGAAUUUAUGAAAAAUUGGACAACGACGAAAAAACCAGAAUUUAUGGAUAUUGCCUUUACUUCAGAACGAUCGAUAGAAGAUGAAUUAAAUCGUGAAUCUCAGUCAGAUGUUUUAACUAUUCUUGUAUCAUAUAUUAUUAUGUUUGCAUAUAUUGCGAUUUCUCUUGGUCAAAUUAAAAACUGCAGUCGACUUUUGAUCGAUUCUAAAAUUACUCUCGGUCUUGGUGGUGUACUUCUAGUAUUGGCUUCUGUUGUAUGUUCUGUUGGUUUGUUUGGUUUCAUUGGCAUUCCUGCAACACUUAUUAUUAUUGAAGUCAUACCAUUUCUUGUCCUUGCUGUUGGAGUGGACAAUAUUUUUAUUCUAGUUCAAACACAUCAAAGAGAAAGUCGUCGUCCCAAUGAAUCAAUACCUGAACAUAUUGGUCGUAUUCUCGGUCAAGUGGGACCAAGCAUGUUACUUACCAGUGUAUCAGAAAGUUGUUGUUUCUUCCUUGGCGGAUUAUCUGACAUGCCUGCUGUUAAAGCUUUUGCUCUGUAUGCCGGUAUGGCAUUAUUAGUAGAUUUUGUGCUGCAAGUAACAUGUUUUGUUAGCUUAUUAGCAUUAGAUACUAUUCGUCAAGCAAACAAUAAACUUGAUGUAUGCUGUUUUAUACAUGGUUCAAAAAAAGACAAUGGGGAAGAAGUAGUAAAUGGUAUUUUGUACAAACUUUUCAAAAUUGUGUAUGUCCCAUUAUUAUUGAAAAAAUGGGUACGAGCAUUCGUUAUGAUAGUAUUCUUUGGUUGGAUUUGUUCGAGUAUUGCCGUUGUCCCACAUAUCGAAAUUGGUCUAGACCAAGAACUUUCUAUGCCCGAAGAUAGCUUUGUUUUGAAAUAUUUCAAAUUUUUAAAUAGUUAUUUAUCUAUUGGACCACCAAUGUAUUUUGUUGUAAAAGAAGGUUUGAAUUAUUCCGAUAAAAGAGCACAAAAUCUUGUAUGUGGUGGUCAAUAUUGUAACAGUGAUUCAGUAUCUACUCAAAUAUUUAUAGCAUCAAAACAAUCAAAUAGAACAUAUAUAGCAAAACCUGCAUCAUCGUGGUUAGAUGAUUAUAUCGAUUGGUCUCAAUUAUCAACUUGUUGUAAAUAUUUUAUGUCAAAUCAUUCUUUCUGUCCACAUACAGGAUCUGCCAAAUAUUGUUCUUUAUGUAAUAUUACCAGAAAUGAAAUUGGUCGGCCUAUACCAACAGAUUUUGACCGUUACGUAUCAUUCUUCUUACAAGACAAUCCUGAUGAUACAUGUGCUAAAGCAGGUCAUGCUGCUUAUGGUCAUGGUGUUAAUUAUGUUACCGAUCCUAUGACAGGCCUAUCGAAAGUCGGAGCUUCUUAUUUUAUGGCUUAUCAUACUAUAUUAAAAACAUCUGCCGAUUAUUAUGAAUCGAUGAGAGCUGCUAGAGCUGUAUCGGCAAAUAUUACAAACAUGAUUGAUAAUUAUUUAAAAAGUAUCGAUGAUAAUUCAACGGUUGAAGUGUUUCCAUAUAGUAUAUUCUAUGUUUUUUAUGAGCAGUACUUAACAAUGUGGCCUGAUACGUUAUACAGCAUAGGAAUAUCUUUAAUUGCUAUUUUCGCAGUAACUUUCUUUUUAAUGGGUUUAGAUAUAUUUUCCUCUGUUGUUGUUGUAAUAACUAUUACUAUGAUUGUCGUCAAUAUCGGCGGUUUAAUGUAUUGGUGGCAUAUAACAUUAAAUGCAGUAUCUCUUGUUAAUCUCGUUAUGGCUGUUGGAAUUGCUGUAGAAUUUUGUAGUCAUUUAGUACAUUCUUUCUCAGUAUCGGUAAAAACAACAAGAGUUGAAAGAGUUGCUGAUGCAUUAACGAAUAUGGGAAGCUCAAUUUUUAGCGGUAUAACUCUUACCAAAUUUGGUGGAAUUAUAGUACUCGGUUUCGCUAAAAGUCAAAUUUUUAAGGUAUUUUACUUCAGAAUGUAUCUGGGUAUUGUGCUAUUUGGAGCUGCACAUGGGUUAAUAUUUUUACCAGUAUUAUUAAGUUACAUUGGCACACCAAUGAACAGAGAAAAGUUGGCAAAUCACAAGAGAGCAAUACAAGGAAAUCUGGACAACGUACAGGAGACUUCCUUGAAUCAUGGCGCGUGAUGUCGCGCCGAAGGCGUAGAAGAACCAAUGAAUAUGCCAGCAGGGCCAGAAACAAACGUAAGAGUCAAAAAUGUGGACCUGACUCUCCUUUACUCCAAAACGACAACAAUCAGUACCCAACCACUUCCUACGCCAGUGUGAACUCCAUAGAUUCGACACAUUAUCAAAUAACUUUUUAGCAUUAAUCGUUAUUCAUAAAAUGACUUUUAUACUUAAAAAGAGACUGAACACAAUCUGUCUGUAUAAUAAGAGUUAUUUUUAUUAUAGUUAAUAACUUUCUUUUUUUAAAAGUUUUAAUAGAUUUAUGUUUGAUGUUAAAUGGUGAUUGGAAAAGAAUUAUACGAUCGAUGUAAGCAUAAACUAUGAAGUUCACGUCUGGUAUUUUUUGUAAGUAAAAAGAGAAAAAUUUCGUAUCUUAUUGUUAUUAAUAAACUAAGAUUUCGUUAUAUUUAGAAUAUUUAAUUAUAUAGAAAAACAUCUUAUAAUUUUAUGAUCAUACAUUAUUAAAGCUUUAAGAUCAAUUCAUCUAACAUUUAAGAUGGUACGAUCUAUCGAUUCGAUUGAAAGUGCCAAUUAUUAUAUAAUUUAAUUUUAAUCAACUUCAAUUUCAUGUUUUUUUUAUAUACAUAUAUAUUUUUUUUUUCUUUUUAAUGAAAAUGCAUAAAUCUAUGUUGCUUGGCAGAAGGUAUGUGUACCUGUAUAUUUGUGUCGUGCUUUAUCUGUGCAUUUUUUUUAAUCGCGGUAGAUAAAUUUAAUUUCCGAUAUAGAUGUCGUAUAAUCUAUUUUUCUAAAGAUAUAUUAAUUCGAUAAUAAUAUUUACAUAUUGCUUAAAAUAAAGCUUAAAAUAAAGAGCUUGUUUCCUUAAUGUUUCAUUAUUUUUAAAAUUAAUUUUUAAAACAAACGUUUAAAAUUAUUCGUAUUGCAUAAACUCGAAACUUCGUCCAAAAGUAUUAACCGUCCUUAGUCGAGAUAUUAGUCGAAAAUAACAUCGUAUAUGUAAUGAAUUUUAUCGUAUUGUAUGAAUUUUAAUUUUGUAUUGUGUAGAUCAUUAGUUAUACAUUAUUUGUAUCGUAUACGUAUAUGUGUAUAAAAUAGCUAUAAUUCUCGAUGUAAAUGAAUUUAUGAAAUUUAUAUACGACAUUCAUAUCGGAAUAUAUAAUACUUGAAUUUUAUUUUUUCUACGUUAUAAUUGAUAAUAAUUAAUAUUGUAGUCAUACUCAUUAGCUUGUGAAUUAUUUAAUAUCAAUAACAUUUUUCAGAAACACAAUUUAAAACAAACAUUCGAAAAUCAUUUUGUAUCUUUUUUUGUAUGUUUUUCUAUUCUUGAGUAACAUGAAACAAAAUCAUAUCAAAAAUUCAAGUAUUCAAAUCGUAAAAAUUAACGUAUUAUUGUAUUAUUAAUAUAAAGGGUUACUGUUUAGUUUUCUUACGUUUCGUUUUUAUAAUUUGUUUAAAAAAAAUUCUAUAGAUAAUUAAUUAAUUUUCAUUGAAAGAGAAUUGAAAGAGACGUCUAACCUUAUUAUUAAAAAUUGAAGAAUACAAUUAUAUUAAUUUUCUUUGCGUGCUUCGUCGGUGUAAAAUGUCUCGUAAGAAGUAUGACGUAUCUGCUCAAUGCUUGUGUAAUGAAUUUUAAUAGUAUUGUUUUCGAAAUAUGCGAAAUUAAACAGAGAAAAAUUUCAAUUGCAUCGAAAUAACAUCUCCUUUAUAAACACGAAUAUUUUCUCUUACGAGUUCAAACUCGCAUGUUUUAUAUAAUUAUUUGUAUACAAAUAACAAUUUUUAUACUGACAACAAAGGAAUAUGUAACGCAACGUUACAAAAAAAAAAACCUCGCUAGUUAAAAUUAUUGUAGAUAAUACGUCAGCGACUGUUGCGAUAUUAUAUAUUAUGUAUACGGGUGAAAAUGGAUACAUGUUUAUAUAAAUCAGUGUUUGUAAAUCCGAUUGCAUAUUUCGUUUCACAUAUGAAUUUAAUGUUGGAGAAAUGUGUAAAUGAUUAACAAAAGUAAAAUGGAUGUUAAAUAAAAAAUAUUAUAAUUUGGCAAAAUGUAAAUAGAAUUGUGUCUCGGGUUCAUUGAUAUAUGAAAGUGUGGUAAACAACAUAUCACUGCAAAAAUUAGAGUAUAUAAAUGAAAAAAGCACGUCGAUAUUACCAAAGAGAUGUCCGGACAGCACGAUAGCGUGUUAACACUUGAUACGAAUAAAAAUUUCUUCUGUUUGUAUAAUAUAUGUUGUGUCCUUUUAUAUUUAUAUUCAAACGGUUUAAGAAUAAUACAUAUAUAUAUAUAUAUAUAUAUAAACAUUGUUGGGAAGAUUUGUGUGUUAAACGCAUAUUUGUUCGCUAACGAUUUUGUCCUAAAUAAAUAAAAUAUGGUAUUUGCAGAAAAAUCUGUCUGCAUGCAUGUCUUACAAUAAAAUAGAGAAUUUAUUAUACGAGUCAUCUUACAUAAAUUAAAUAACAAUUAUAUGUAUUAAAUACAACUGGAUUGUCUUUUUUAUGUGCAUAUAAGAAUUAUAUCAUGUAAUAUCAAUGUUAACCCAUUGCAUGUAGAGGACCAAACAAAUGAACUGCUGGACAAUUUUCAUCCGGAUUACCAAGAAAUUGAGCGUAAAGUUCUUGAUAACGCGAUAAAGUUAAUCCUCCACGUCUCCGGUCGUCGUCCUACGAAUAAACGAUAAUAGUUGGACAAAAGGAACAAAUUUUUUAAAUUAUAACAAUAUAAUAUUUACAUUCCUAUAUUUAUACGAAACAUUGUACAGUUUUCUCGCCCGAACAUUGUAUUGUAUUUAUUAGAAGUAUAGUGAAUGAAAUUGCAAUUUAAUUUACAAA